AUGAGCAGUGAGCGUAGCGACGCCGAAGCUCUACUACCGCCGCAUAUGAGUACAGAAGAGUACGCUGCCUAUACUCACUUCUCCUCCCCAAAGAUGACGACAAUGAGUACUACCAUCAGUACCAACAUAGCUACUACAGCUCCCACAACGAACUACUUUUCACCACUGAAACGGAAGCGCGACAGAUCACCCCUUGGGGUUCCUGAGACUCCAUGGCGACUUCAGCCAGCGCUCACGGAUGAGGACGAUGAGGCUACCGAUGUGGAGACUGCGGACGAUCUGGAGGUUAUUACCCCGAGUAGUGGUCAGGCAUCGCCAAGGUCGAGGAGGCUUGCAAGUCAGUUGGAGGAUUUGAAUCUAUCAGUAGCUAGACCAAUAUUUACGAGCGGAGACUUGGGGAUUGCUACAGCCGCUACCACAAUGACGACGGGGCAGCCGGCGGCCAAGAAACCAAAAAACAAGACGAGAUUAAUAGCUACCACGAUGACAAAAGCAGGGAAUAGAAGUGUCGGGGUAUUAACAAAGAAUAACGAUGGUGAUUCAUCGAUGGAUGGGAGCGAGAAUGGACAUAUCCAGUCGGCAGAGGUUACCGCUAAAGAAAAAGGUGGGGUAGAAUGGGUGGAUGAGCCACCUUUAGCAACCAGGAGUGUUUCAAAUGGAGGUGAUGAAAUGGAGGAAGAUCGUAAUAAUAAUAAUCACACAAAGCGGGCGCGCCUGCGCUCACCCCCAUUAUCGAGAAUGGAUACGGGAGAGGGCGAUGAAGCUGUGGUCAUGGACGAGAACGAGGAUGUAGAUUCUAAUGAUACGGAGCAGCUUGGGAUUGGAUAUCGCCCAACACCUACUCAACGUUAUGUCAGGUCUCAGAAGCGGAUGCAGCAGAUCAAGGAAUACAAGGCUAGAAUAUCGAAAGAGGCCCGUGAGAAGAGGAGCGAGUCGAGACGGAGAAGAAGAAGCUUCCCGGAACGACAGCAGGUGGCGGCGGGUGAAAGCGCACAAAAUGAAGGUUCAGAUGAAGGCGGCAGGAAGAAGACUGUCCAGUUCAAAAUCGACCCUGUAGUAUAG